AUGCGGAACGAAGCUUUAGUUCGGAUCGAAGACAUGUGCGUGCUCAUGUGCGGCAGUCUGUUGUCAACUUUGGGAAUGCCAGCGCCAAAUCGUUCGAGGCACGAUGCCUUCAAUCUUGAAUUACAGCGGGAGAAAAACUAUGAUAUAGAUGAGCAGGCUAAAAGAGUCCGAAAAAAUGUGCCCCUGUUGAAUUCCGAGCAGAAGACUGUAUACGAUUCGCUGAUGAAGGUUGUUGAUGAUGGAACGGGAGGCAUUUACUUUCUCGAUGCUCCUGGAGGGACGGGCAAAACGUUCGUCAUUUCGUUGAUUCUGGCAACAAUUCGGUCAAGAUCACAAAUUGCGUUGGCUGUCGCAUCCUUCACAAUGUUAUGUAUCGUGUAUUGA